AAAAUAGUCAUCUGUAAACGAUGUUGGAGUAUCUUCGCGCUCUUUCUGUCUUUGAGCUCGCUGUUGUAAGAGUUGAACGGCAGAUUUUGGCAGAUAUUGCGUGAUUAUGAGGGUGAUUGGUAGUUGUUGUUUGCUUCCUAAUUGAAUCACCUGUGACGAAUCGAUUUGAGCAAGCUACUUAAUCGUUUGGUAGUCAUAUUUGUGCCGGUUUGGUUAAUGUUGUGACAUCAACCAUGUCUGAGUUGGAAAAUAAAGUUAACCUACUGCAUAACGCCCUUCAUCGGGCUUUGAGUAUGCUUGUUAAGCCAGCGGAUGAAAGUAACAAGGGAGAACUCCAUGACAUACUUGAACUUAACAUUCAAAAUGCCAUGAAGGAGUUAAAACUGGAUGAUUUCAGUGAUAUGCAACCUCUUCAUGGGAUAAAAUGUACUGUCAACGCAAACAGCAGUGUGAGGUGGAAGUUUGUAUGUGUAACUCUUCACAUCCUGCUAUCAAUGAAGGUGACACUGAAGCUGCUAAGUGCAAUGCCAGCAGAAGGCAGGAAUAAGGGACCGAAAGACUUGCUGAGUGUUGCACAACAGAAGACCAUUCGCACCUGCCUCCAGUUUGUCGUGUCCAUGGGGCUGCUGCCCAGCCUUCUGCCUGGAGUUGGUGUUGCCUUGGCUGCACGCUGCUCCAGUGCUGCCAAUCUUAAGGAUGAGGAGCUUCUGUUGCUGGAAAAGUACGAGCGGCUGGCUGCAGUUACAAGAGGCCUGCUUGUGUGCGCCGAGAACCCAUCCUUGCGCCAGAUCAUUGUUUCACACCAUUUGGGUGAUCUCAUGGCUGCUCUCUCCCAGCUGAGCUUUGUGCCACUGAAGAAACCUGCAGAGCCACCACCACAAGCUUCGACAACGGUAGUGGCAACGACCACAGUGGCAGCAACAGCGGUAGUAGCGUCAUCUGGAUCGGAAGCAGCUCAGCGCGAGACAAAUUCAACAAAUGGUCCGAGCGAAGAGUUUGUGAUGACACCUGAACUAUGGGUGCGCCUGCAGAGAGACCGCUCUCAGUUCCGUAUAUAUUAUUUGUCUUUCAUCUGGGAAAUGUACCAACCACUCGUCAUCAGGGAACUUCUAAUACUGCAUGGUGCUGCUGGAUUAAAGAGAUUGCAGAAUUGUGCACGCACCAACCCACCAACAUGGCUUAAGAAAUCUUGCAUUAUACUGCUAAUCCAUUGCAUAAUGAGGCCAAAAGGUGUCAGUUCUCUUAUACGUGCAAUUUGUGAUGCUGAUCCAGAUACUGGUACUGAUUGGAGUAAACUGGAGACAGUUGUUAAUCUUAUAACGACUGUUCAUACAUCUGAUCCAGAAAAGUAUAAUAAGAAUAUAUGUUCCCAGUUGGUGGAAAUCUUGAAAGGGUCUGAUAAGCUUCCAGGUUCUGUGGGACAACUCCAGUUAAUGAUUGCUGUUCGUUGUAUUGAGGCACUGUACAAGAAAGAUGAAGAACUCAUUCGCAGACAUGUCCUUGAUAUCAUUCUUAAGCCACUGCUGACAUGUUGUGUUCCACCAAGCAGCAUUGCCUGGGAGGAUAGUGAAGUAGAGGAAGAUGAUACCAUAGAUGAAAUGCCAAUUAUGAAUAGUAUUGAAGGCAUUGGCCUCUUGGAUUCCACAGAUGAUGAGGCAGGGCCAUUGUUAAAAAUAGAGGAGAAGAUGGAAAUCUUGGAGGAAUCUGAAACAGAACAAGCAGAAGAAUCAGAACAAUCUACAACAGCAGUGGAGGUAGUUCCCUCACCUGAUGCCACUGAUGAAACGGAUAAAGAGUCACGCAAGCUUAUUGUACCGGAGGAAGAACUAACACUGUGCAUAGUGAACAUGCACCGGCUGUUUGCAGAACAUGUCAGUGGUUCCUCAGAGCCUGCCCUGCCGCCAGUGUCCUAUGCCAGCUUUACACCUGUGUUAUUUGCUCUCUACAAGAGAGUAUACUCCAGUGCAUGCCAUUACAAAUCUAAAGUGGAAGACUUGCUGUCAAGAAUCUUGUGCAACUUCAGAUCUGAGGUGUUCGGGGAUGUAUUCAGAUCAUUCAUCUUUGGUGACGAAAGUGGGAGUGAUGGACUGCUACAGAUGAAUCCACUGUAUGAGUUCUGUUUUGCUUCUGGUGGUGGCGUGGAAGUGCGUGAAAGGGAUGGUAUUGUUAGUGCAAAAGGAGGCAAGAUGCGUGUUCCCUCACCACCAUCUGGCCGAGAGGCAUUUGAGAACACUGCUGAUUGUGUCUUUGAGCUCCUCAACAAUGCUGACAAGACAGGAGAGAUAACAACUAACUUGUUCCUUGCCUUGCUUCAUGUCUUCUUUGAGCCUCUGGACAAUGCACAAGAUGAUGGAGGUGCAACAUCUUUCCCGAACCCUGCCACAUGCCGCAUCAAGGUACCAACAGAAUGUGACAGUGAAAGAACUAUUAUAGCAGCACAGUUGCUCACUGCACUGUCAGAGAGUGACUAUGUGAAGCAGAAAAUUUUUAGCGAUCCAAAUUACUUGGUGCGGUAUAUUUUCUUUAUAUUGGAAAAAGAUGCACGCCAGCUAGCAGAGCGGACAACGGUUGAGAAUGGUGACGCUGCCAGUACAGUUUCUUCAGACUGUGAUGACAGCCUGGAUGAACACCUGUUCAUUGUUCUCAUGAUCUUGAGUGUGGCUGUCAACAGUUCAGCCAACACUCCACUUGAAGGUGCUCUUUUUGAGAGCAUUGUGGAACCACUGAAAAUGAUAUGUGACACGGUUGCAAAUGAGGAACUACGCCACCUGGCCAGUCAGAUCUACAACAAGGUUGUGACACAUGGUGUUAUUACUGAAAGCACAGUUGAACCAAUUGAGGAUGUCCCCGCUAAAACAGAGAAGCAAGCUGAUGAGCAGCAGCAACCGCCACCUACCACCAACAAGAACAAGAAGAAAGCUGCUCUGGCAGAGGGUAAGAAGGCAGCUGAUCGUAUGCUAGCCUUCAGUAACAAGGAUGGCCAGAAGAACGGAGAGAAAAAGACGAACAAUGCUGGGGAGAAAGAUAAAGGCGGAAAACCAAAAGAUGGCAAAGCUGCAUAUCUCAAAGCUGUUGUGGAGACUUAUGAUCCCUUAAUACCUGUACGUGGUCAUGGCCUACUGGAGCUUACGAGGCUCAUACUUUCAGGGGACAAGGAGGCUCGCCGCAACAAAGAGGAAAUCUUUGUAAUAUUUCAGGAAAACCUUAACCAUGAAGAUUCAUACAUAUAUUUAGCAGCUGUCAAUGGUCUAGCUGCAUUAGUAGGAAUGAAUCCUGAGAAUGUUAUGACAAUUUUGAUUGAAGAGUAUGUUGGAAUGAGAACUAAGCGUUCCAAACAAUUGGAGAAAUCCCCAGAACUUCGGAUGAAAGUUGGCGAGGUCCUCGUCAGAGUGACAAAGGCUCUAGGUGACAUGAUACCAGUUCAUAAAGACCUACUUCUCAAUGCUUUCAUGGGUGCGACAAAGGAUCCAGAUGAACUAAUAAGAGCAUCUAGCCUGUCCAAUUUAGGAACUCUGUGUAAGGUUAUGAAGUUCAGGGUUGGCCCAAUUCUUAAUGAGAUAAUGGUCUGUGUCCAGAGUAUUGUGAAAACAGAUCCUGUAGUGGAAGUGCGGAGAGCAGCUAUCCUUGUUCUCACACUUCUCUUGGAAGGUCUCGGUGAUGACACAGUCUCAGUUUUGAAAGAUAUUAUAUUAGAACUGUAUAGAACGCUGAAACAUGUCUACUUAACGGAAAAUGAUGAGGUUGUAAAACUGCAAGUUCAGCUGGCUUGUGAAGCUUUGGGGAAGUCAACUUUGGAGUUUAUUACUAGACCGAGAAAAUUAGAGAAGAAAAUUUGCAUACUGGAUCGUCCUGAAAUAUAAAUGGACAAAAGUGGAAGAUUGCAAAUUUUUACAAACUUUGUAUUGUGGAAGAUUUAAUGUACUAUUGUUAAUUUCUAUUUCAGUUUCCUACAAUUGAUUACACAGUGAUGAAAUGCAUUUACUCAGACAGACAUAUAUUGUGGUACUUUGUGUAAACCAAAAAUAAACAAACAAGUGAGCUACACAUGAGAUACUUAAAUGUCUGUGGAAGAUUGUGAUAUAUACUUAACAGCAGCCUCUCUUUUGCAUGCAAUUCUGAUGUAAAUUGUGUAGAUUUAAGAGAGUCUUUAAUUGUUGCAGAACAAAGCUUAACUUUUUGUUGCUGUUUGCCUGUAGGUUAGUUGUGUUAUAGGGGUCAACGUGCAGUCGAAAAAAUGCACAAAAAAUAUCAGUGUUGUUUUUGUCACAUUAUGAUUCUUUUUAUAUUUUUGGAUAUGUUGCUUUACAGUGAGACUGCCCCAGAUAGUAACUGUUUAUGUAAUGACUGAAGGGGUGAUCGUUAAUUGACAAAAAAUUUUCAACACUCCAGUUAGAACUUUUGCCGAACUCUGUGCUGUAGUAUCAUAAUGUACAGCUAAUUAUUUAUUUCAUUGCACAGUUUGGUUACUUCAGCUGUUACAUAGUGUUUCAAGAGGAUGAUUGUGAUCAUUACAUCAGUUUUGAUAGCUUAAAAAGCAUUAACUGAUUGAUUUAUUCAUUUAAGCAGGUAAUUUUGAGAUAGCUACAUUUUCUUUUAAAUGGUAUGAUUGUUUUGAACUGUUUUUAGUGGAAACUAAGAUGUUCCUUAUUUAUGGAAGUGUGUUUAUUUUAUCUUACCUGUGUAGGUAAUAGCAAUCGUCUGUGGAAGAUUUGAAAAUGUUGAAACCAUGUGAAUGACAGAGAAAAUUCAGUUGUGGAAGUGAAUUUUGCUUCCAUUAUUUAAAGACUGCCAAGUAGACACAGUUUUGCAUUGUUUUGUUGUUGUUAUUGUUGUUGUUUGUGUAUAGAAAGUGUUAGCUUUAGGUUUUUUCAUUCUGUUUUUGGAUGGUAGUAAAUUUUUCUGUUUCUUAUAUGGCAGUGUGUUUCCUCUGUAAUUAAUGAAGAAUGUGUGGAUAUGUGAAUGUAAUUAUUAAAUAAAUGUUUAAAUGUGUAAUGAUA